AUGUCACGUGACACGCUAUGGCUGUGUAACCUUUCACACAGAGUCAGUGGGGAGUCGAUAGCAGUCAAAACAGAACAAGUACAAUAAAUAUUCGCUAAACGUGCACUCUACUGUGGAAAGUAUGGAAGUCAUGAAGGUCCUGGAUUGCUGCUGCUAUGGUGCAGUAUGAUAUUGCCAGACAGCAUGGCACUGCUGCACUGCCACUAGGAGUUCCAUCUUCUCCAGCAUUCUGUUAGUUGAAUCUAGUGGUCUAGUAAUCCAGUGGGCAUCAUGGCCUCCAGCUACCCCCCUCCAUUUGAGGAGCAGGAGGGGGUGAGGGAGGGUUUCCUGUGCCCACUCUGCCUGAAAGACCUGCAGUCUUUUUACCAACUCCAGUCUCACUAUGAAGGUGAACAUUCGGGUGAAGAUAGAGAUGUCAAGGGGCAACUGAAAAAUUUGGUGCAGAAAGCUAAAAAAGCCAAGGAUAAACUCCUGAAGCGGGAUGGUGAAGACAGAGCUGAAUCCGGGAGUCAAGAACGCUACGAGUCUUUGUACAAUGGAGGAGUGAAUCCCUAUAUGUGGGAGCCACAAGAACUAGGUGCAACAAGAAGCCACCUGGGGGAUUUCAAGAAACACAGAGCCGCCAGGAUUGAUCGCUACGUUAUUGAAGUUAAUAAAUUAAUAAUCCGGUUAGAGAAGCUGACAUCAUUUGAAAGAACAAACACAGAUGCUGCUAAAAUAAGAGCAAUUGAAAAGUCGGUUGUAUCAUGGGUAAACGAUCAAGACGUGCCAUUCUGUCCAGACUGUGGAAAUAAAUUUAACAUUCGAAACAGACGCCACCACUGUCGCCUCUGUGGAUCAAUCAUGUGCAAGAAGUGUAUGGAGUAUAUUACCCUCCCAUCAGCAUAUAAACUGACUAGUGCCACUAAAGAGGCUGUGUCCUUUCUGGGCAGCCCCAGCCUGUCUCCCAGCAGCAGUGUGCAGGGCUCCCGGCGUGGCAGCAUCAGCAGUAUGAGCAGCAUCAGCUCCGUCCUGGACGAGAAGGAUGAUGAGCGCAUCCGCUGCUGCCGCCACUGCAUGGGCACGCUGCACAAACGAGAGCAGCAGAUGGACGAGAAGGAUUACGCUCCAGAGAUCGUCAAGUUCUACGAGAAACUCAGGAUGUGUAUGGAAAAGGUGGAUCAGAAGGCUCCUGAUUACAUAAAAAUGGCUGAAUCAUUAAAUGCUGGAGAGUCUACCUAUAAUUUAUCUCAUGCUAACGGUCUCAGACUGGAAGUCCAGAAGUACUAUGAACUAAUUGAUGCACUAAGUAAGAAGAUCCUUAUGUUGGGUAUGAAUGAAGAACCUAAACCACAUCCCAAAACCCAGCAGUUACAGCGGAUGAUCAGAUAUACAGCAACGCUGUUUGUACAGGAGAAACUCCUUGGAUUGAUGUCUCUACCAACAAAAGAAAAAUAUGAAGAGAUUAAAGAAAAAAGGAAGCAAGACCAGGAGAGAAAGCUACAACUGGAGAAACAGGCUCUUCAAGAGGCACAGAGCAGGAGAACAGAGGAAAAGCCAAGAGACCAGUUGCAUGUAGCUGCUAGUACUAAUGGUGAAGCUGCACAAAUGCAAAAGUCCUCCAUGACUAAAGCAGGUGGCUGGCUGCCUUCCUCCGGUGCACCACGCAACUGGGAGAAUUCAGACCCUCUCCUCCAGCAGAUAGACAACAUUCAGUCAUUCAUCCAACAGGCGAGAGAAGCCAACAGGGUGGAUGAAGUGAACAUGUUGGAAGAGAACCUCCAACAGCUGCAGGAUGAGUACGACCAACAGCAAACUCUUCUAGCGAUGGAGCUUUCCAAAAGGGCAGCUGAAGAGGAAGCUGUGCAGCAAGAGCAGCUGCAGAUCCUUCACGAAAAAGAGUGGGAGCGAGAACAGCAGAAGAAAACAUCAUCACAGCACUCCAGAACACAUUCUUUACAUUUCCGGGAGGUAAAGUCCAUCCAGGAAGGCGUUUAUGGAAAGCCAACUUUGGGUGUGGGAAGUUCAGACUCCACCCAAAACAAGAUUAGCCCCUUAUCAAAAACACAAUCCUUGAGAGUUAUCCAGCCCUGGUCUAAUCAAGAGAAACUGUCUCCCUUAACCCAAUGCGAACGUGAACCACAGCUCGGAGUCAGUGCAGAACAAAAGAAACUUACUUCUUCCUUAAAUCCAUUUGAAGAUGCUUCUCCGCCACUAGAGGAUGAUCCCUCAAAUCCCUUCCAUGAAGAAAUGUCAAAAUCAAAAAGAGAUCUUCCAAAUGGCAAAAAGGACAAUAACCCAUUUGAAGAAGAGGAUGAGGAAUCCAAAAAUGAGGUUGCCAGUGUAUCAAACCCAUUUGAAGAUUAUGGAAAUCCUUUCAGUGAGCCCAGUCAAAGUGCUGCUAAACCAUUCACUGAGGCGGCAUCAACUAACCCUUUUGACAUGGAUGAGGAUGCUGUUGAUGAAAAUAUCAUUGAAGAGGAACUGCUUCUUCAGCAGAUAGACAAUAUCAGAGCUUACAUCUUUGAUGCCAAACUCAGUGGACGCAUAGAUGAGGUGGAACUGCUUUCUGAGAACCUACGAGAACUACAGCGCACUUUGCAAGAACAGAAGCAGAAAAGACGUUGACUUGUUGGAAGGCUAAUGGUGUAGAACUCGGUUUUCC